ACCUACAUGACCUUACACGACCCCGGCUUUGUCGGGGGGGAGGAGCCGUGGGACGGCGGCUCCCCGGACCUGGAGAGGAGGUACCGGCUGGGCAGCGAGGUCUCCAGUCUGUCCCGGUCCGUCCCGUCAGAGAAGAGCGACCCUCUGGAGAACCAGAACCUCAGCUUUAGACUCACCAGCAGCAUGAAAUGCUGCUUCAGAGUCUCCAAAAUUGCCACAAUGUUCACUCUGGUCGUCCUCUGCAGUCUCUUCUUCAGCAUGUAUCCAGACCGAGACAACCCCUGGAGGAUGUUGGCCGUCUCCUCAACAGACACUUUCUCCAUGAACCUGACGGACUUCAGAGACAACGCUCUGCUGAAGCUGCAGGUGGGGGGGCCCUUCACCAAAGGGAAGGUGGACCUCGACAACCAGGACUACAUCCUGGUCCAGGUGGAGCAGAUCGAGCCGUCGGGACAGCGGAGGAGGAGGUCUCAGCAGGUGAUCUAUAACUGGACCAUUCCUCUGCACGCUGAACGUAGUGACCAGAUAGUGUUGACCAAAACAUUUGAGAUGCUCAGAAGUGACCCCAUCGUCAUCACGGUCCAGGCCUUCCUGCAGGAGGAUGAGGUGGUGCCGCUCUCCAUGACCCACCAGUCGCUCUACGUCAACGUGGAGACGCAGGUGGGCAUCGCUGGAAUCAUCCUGACCGGAGUCUACGUUCUCAUCAUCUUUGAGAUUGUGCAUCGUACUCUGGCGGCCAUGUUGGGUUCUCUGGCAGCUUUAGCCGCUCUGGCCGUCAUCGGUGAUCGGCCCAGUCUGGUUACUGUGGUCGAGUGGAUCGACUACGAGACGCUGGCUCUUCUCUUCGGCAUGAUGGUGCUGGUGGCCAUCUUCUCAGAGACCGGCUUCUUUGAUUACUGUGCUGUGAAGGCCUACCAGCUUUCCAGAGGAAGAGUGUGGCCGAUGAUCACGAUCCUCUGUCUCAUCGCCGCUAUUCUCUCUGCUUUUCUGGACAACGUGACCACGAUGAUGCUUUUCACUCCGGUCACCAUCAGGUGA